AUGGUUAUGGUGGCCAAUAAAAAGACGCAGAAACAGAUGGAUGAUGAUUUAAAUCUUUUUCUGGGGCCUAACACGACCAAGUUCACCACCUGGUUAGUUAGUCGUUUUCAUUUAGGUUUAUUAAUUUUUUUAAAGUUCUCAUGUUUUGUUUUUAUUUACCUUGUUAAGUAUUUUUAA